AUGAUUACGACGGCGACGAAAGACAAGCAAUUUUACUCGAUAGGACAACCUAAUAAUUGGGAUACCAAGAAAAUAAAUGAUGGCAAAGUUGUCGACCUAAUUACCGACAAAAAUUCUGCUAAGAAAACCGGAAUAUCUCUAUACUUUCAAAAUAUGACCAAGAAAGAUUUCGGUGAUUACCGGUGCAAAGUGGACUACUGGUCGGAAAUUGAUGGAAAAACAUUGCACCAGGAUUCAUACCGGAAAGUAACAGUGGGUCGCAUAGAAAACAGCACAUUUUACAUUAAUAAUCACGAUUUGUAAAUUAUUAAUGUCACUUGAUAAAAUUUUUAUUUUAUUGUACAAAAUAUUAAUGAUUAAAUAAAAUUUUUCUAUUAA